GGAAGUCAGAGCAGCUCAGCAGCUUCCCAACCAGGUUCUGACGGAGUUGACUCAGAGUCCAACGGUAACGGACAGAAGCUGAUGAACGGAGGGGGGGCAGGAGGGGGCGGAAUGGACAGUCAGACAGGUAUAUUGGGUUCAUUUGGGGGCGGAGUUUCUCACUGGGAAUUUACAGCAAUAAUUUCGGAUGUGACAGAAGUUCCGUCUGCAGAUCAGAACAGCGGUUCCAGUCUGGACUCACUUGCAGAUCCUCCUCAUCACUCUGACAUCAGCAUCGACCAAUCAGGACCAGACCAAAGCUCUCUGAGCUCGGGGCCUGACCAAUCCCUCUCCAGCUCUGUCUCAGGCUCCUCCCACUCUGUGGCCCAGGAAGGUGCAGCGGACUCACCUGACGCUACCGGAAACGGUCGACAGACUCUGCUGACGAACACAAAUGCAGGUAAACGAUUAUUGAUUAUCAGUCUGUUCCUUUUGUUGACGGGAGCUUUGACUCAAUAA